UCGUCACGGGGACUAAAUCUCUCUCAAAACUCGCUCCCAGAAAGGCGAUAAGAUAUUCAAGACUUCUCCGUAUCCUUCCAUUGGACAGCGAGCCCGGCUUCUGCGGCAUCAGCUGUGGGCAGUUUUGCUGGGUGUUUGUUGCCUUGAAAAAUGGCUACUGGACAGGAUCGGGUGGUUGCUCUUGUGGACAUGGACUGUUUUUUUGUUCAAGUGGAGCAGCGGCAAAAUCCCCAUUUGAGGAAUAAGCCUUGUGCAGUUGUGCAGUACAAAUCAUGGAAAGGUGGUGGAAUAAUUGCAGUGAGUUAUGAAGCUCGUGCAUUUGGAGUCACUAGAAACAUGUGGGCAGAUGAUGCUAAGAAGUUAUGUCCAGAUCUUCUACUGGCACAAGUUCGUGAGUCCCGUGGGAAAGCUAACCUCACCAAGUACCGGGAGGCCAGUGUUGAAGUGAUGGGGGUAAUGUCUCAUUUUGCUGUGAUUGAACGUGCCAGCAUCGAUGAAGCUUAUGUAGAUCUGACCAAUGCUGUACAAGAGAGACUACAAAAGCUACAAGGUCAGCCUAUCUCAGCAGACUUGUUGCCAACCACUUACAUUGAAGGGUUGCCUAAAGACCCUACAGCAGCAGAAGAGACUGUUCAGAAAGAGAAGAUGCGAAAAGAAGGUUUAUUUCAAUGGCUUCAUUCUCUCCAGUUCGAUGACAUGGCCUCUCCAGACCUGCAGCUCACCGUGGGAGCAGUGAUUGUGGAGGAAAUGAGAGCAGCCAUAGAGAAGCAGACUGGUUUUCAGUGUUCAGCUGGAAUCUCACAUAAUAAGGUCCUAGCAAAACUGGCUUGUGGACUAAACAAGCCCAACCGCCAGACCCUGGUCUCACACGGGUCAGUCCCACAGCUGUUUAGCCAAAUGCCCAUUCGCAAAAUCCGUAGUCUUGGAGGAAAGCUGGGGGCCUCUGUCAUUGAAAUCUUAGGGGUAGAAUACAUGGGUGAACUGACCCAGUUCACUGAAUCUCAACUCCAGAGUCAUUUUGGGGAGAAGAAUGGGUCUUGGCUAUAUGCCAUGUGCCGAGGGAUUGAACAUGAUCCAGUUAAACCCAGGCAACUACCCAAAACCAUUGGCUGUAGCAAGAACUUCCCAGGAAAAACAGCUCUGUCUACUCGGGAACAGGUACAAUGGUGGCUUUUGCAGUUAGCCCAGGAACUAGAGGAGAGACUGAAAAAAGACCAAAAUGAUAAUGACAGGGUGGCUACUCAGUUGGCUGUGGGUAUUCGUGUGCAAGGAGACAAACGUCUCAGCAGCUUACGCCGCUGCUGUGCCCUUACCCGAUAUGAUGCUAACAAGAUGAGCCACGAUGCAUUUGCUGUUAUCAAGAACUGUAAUACUUCUGGAAUCCAAACUGAAUGGUCCCCUCCCCUCACAAUGCUUUUCCUCUGUGCUACCAAAUUCUCUGCCUCUGCCCCUUCAUCUUGCACAGAUAUCACCAUCUUCUUGAGCAGUGACCCAUGUUCUCUGCCAAAGGUGCCAGUUACCAUUUCAGAAGCUAACACCCAGGGAAGUGACCCAGGCCUGACAACAACAAAGAAAGCAACCACCUCUCUGGAAUCAUUCUUCCAAAAAGCUGCAGGAAAACAGAAAGUCAAAGAAGCUUCGCUUUCAUCUUUUACUGUUACCACUCAGGCCCCCACGAGCAAUUCACCAUCUAAGUCAUUACCUUUCCAAACCAGUCAAACUACAGGAACGGAGCCCUUCUUUAAGCAGAAAAGUCUGCUUCUAAAACAGAAGAAGCUCAAUAAUUCUUCAGUUCCUUUCCCUCCACAAAAUCCACAGUCCAACUCUAAGGGGUUACCAAAUCAUUUUCCAACAGAGUAUCCAGAUUGUGCCCCUGUUUGUGAAGGGACAUUGAAGCUAGAAUCCUGUAAAGCAACUCUUGCAGAGACGGAUUUGACCCAGAACAGCCCAAGCAUACUUGCUUUUUCAGCAUCCACAUCUGCUCCAGGGGUGGCUCAGAAGGCAGCUACCACCCCAAGUUGUGUAGCCGCUGAGGACCAAGUGCCCUGUGAGAAAUGUGGCUCCCUGAUACCAGUGUGGGACAUGCCAGAACACAUGGACUAUCAUUUUGCAGUGGAGUUGCAGAAAUCCUUUCUGGAGCCCUCAAACCCCCAAGUUGUUUCUGCCUUGUCUCCUCAAGGCAAAAGAAAUCCCAAGAGCCCUUUGGCCUCUAGUAAUAAACGGCCUAGGCCUGAGGGCAUGCAGACAUUGGAAUCAUUUUUUAAGCCAUUAACACAUUAGUGCUGCCCUUAGGCUUGCUGUAGGAUUUUAAUAUUUUAUCUGUAACCUGGGAGAUGGAAAUAUAUUCCCUUCUCAGGGAAAUCCAUAAUUUUAUGAAAAUUUUAACACAAAAAAUAAUCCAGUUAGGUGCCAGAUUAAGGUUCCCAUCUCGUCACAGGCAUAGAUUCUAAUCCCAUUGCUGACAGAGAUGUAAAAAUUCAUCUUCUCAUUGAGUUUUUAAUCUUUAGAGUUUAGGGAGGCAAUGUCGUACUAUAAAAAGUAUGUGGGCCUUGAAGCCUAAGAGACUGGUUCGAAACCUAGCUCUGCCUCUUACUGCAGUGAUGGCUUUGAGCAAGUCACUUUCUUUACUUCCUCAUCUGUAAAACUGAGAUAAUACCUUAUAGAUUAUUUUAAUCUUCAACUUAAAAUUGGCACAGAACAUGAACUAAGUAAAAAACAAAAAGUUUUAAAUAAUGCCUUGACCAGAAUUCCAUAUUUUCUGCUGAGGAAUGUGAGGUGAAGAAUCCCUAAAAGUGCUAUAGUAACUACAGUAGGGCAGGUUCUGUACAUAAAAGCUAGUCAAUAAAUGCUGAAUCUCAUACCCUAUUAUAGCCUCAGUUCUAGCCACUGGUUAGCCAUUCUAUCUCUGCAUUUUGUUCUAAUGUAGAAUGAGAUUGCCACUGGCUAGUUCAGGAACUGUUUAGAUUCUAUAAGUCAUAAUCAAAACUAGAUCAUCUCUAGAACCUUGCUACUCUUGAGUGAUUUGAGGAACAGCAGCAUCGUGAUCACCUAGGAACUUGUUAGCAAUAGUCUUAGCCUCACCACUACUACUGCAUAUUAACGAGACUCCCCAGUGUAUAUCUCCUAAAGUCUGAGAAAUACUGAUCUAGAAGAUGCCAACAGCCAGGUUUGUAGAGAACAAUAACAUUUCCUUAAACUCUAAAGUAUAAAUUUAAGAGGUGAGUGCUUGGACCUUUGUGGUUACUGCCAUGUUCAUCUCUUCCUUAUUGAAGUAUGAAUGUUUAGCUUAGGGUUUUAAAUUGAUUAUUGUAGCUUUUUGCACUUAUCCAUGUUUAUAGUACUGUAUUUUUAACCUCCGUUCUUAUGUGUGAGAAGUCAGUUUUUUUGGCUUGAAUUACACAGGGAACUCAACUGAAGAUGAACUGAGUUGGUGGUGGUGGUAGAUAGAAUAGUGUACAUCUCCCUCCUUCCAUACAUAUACACAAACCAACUUUUUUAUACAUACAAAAACCAACUUUUAGCUUAUUUAUAAAUGGGGGGAAGAGUCUGUAUUUAAUUUGAAGAACAGAAGGUUUGAAAACCAUUGGAUCCAGCAGGAAAUUAUUUUUUCCUCCAAAAAUAUUUUCUACUUUUAUGGUACUUGAAUAUCCAAUAAAAGACAGUAUUCACUGUGUA